GCUCUGCGCACUGACACAAAGACAGAUGCUUACUCGAUCUACAACCAUUACGUGCUGCUUUGGCACAAACAAAUCAGAUUCGUGCGGGGUUUAGUAGAAGGAUCUUUCUUUGUUUUGGCCGUAAAGCAGCAUUGUUGACUCGGCUUUGUUAUGGUUCUGUCUCUUGUUUGGGCCGUGCAUGAAAUGUAGGCCAAACGAGACGAGCCUUGGUUUGCUAACUUGGAUUCUUGACACUUUUUCUCUUCGUUUUCCGCAUCAGUUGCACUGCAAUCGGAUCUAACGCAAAGGCGACAACUGUACGGCGCUCACAUGGUUCAUUGAGUCUCUGCUGAGAGUGGCAUCCCACAGAACUGCCCUCAUCUGCCAAGCUCGCCGCUCUGGAAGGCUCGCAAAACUCCCACAAGUGAGAUUCAGCAUUCUUACUGAGGAUGGCUUGUUUCGAGGCUGAGGUCAGUAUGCACUGUUAGUCAUUGUUUCCAGUCACUCUGACGGCUGUGUCUCUGAGCUUGAGCCCAGGGAUGACAUGGAAACACAACCUGCUGAUCUCUGAACACAAGGCCGAGCAGUGAGCUAAAUCAGGGACGUGGAAGGGGGAAAGCAGGCCAUGUCACGGGUUCCCACACCCCCUCCCCCAGGGGAAAUGACAUCAGGACCUGUGGCGGAAAGCUGGUGUUAUACACAGGUGAAAGUUGUGAAGUUUUCUUACAUGUGGACGAUUAACAACUUCAGCUUCUGUCGGGAGGAGAUGGGAGAAGUCGUAAGGAGCUCGACCUUCUCCUCAGGCCCCAACGACAAGAUGAAAUGGUGUUUGCGAGUGAACCCAAAGGGUCUGGAUGAUGAGAGUAAAGAUUAUCUCUCUCUGUACUUAUUGCUUGUCAGUUGCCCAAAAAGUGAAGUGAGAGCAAAGUUCAAGUUUUCUUUACUGAACGCCAAAAGAGAAGAAACUAAAGCCAUGGAAAGCCAAAGAGCCUACCGCUUCGUCCAGGGAAAGGACUGGGGCUUCAAGAAGUUCAUCAGGAGAGAUUUCUUGCUGGAUGAAGCUAAUGGACUUCUUCCUGAUGACAAGCUCACUCUGUUCUGUGAGGUGAGUGUGGUCCAAGACUCCGUAAACAUCUCUGGCCAGUCAAACACAAACAUGCUGAAGGUUCCGGAGUGUCAGCUUUCCGACGACCUGGGUAACCUGUGGGAAGGCUCCAGAUUUACAGACUGCAGCUUGUUCGUGGGAGGGCAAGAGUUCAAAGCGCACAAAUCCAUACUGGCAGCGAGGUCUCCCGUAUUCAAUGCCAUGUUUGAACACAAAAUGGAGGAGAGUAAAAAAAACCGUGUGGACAUCAGCGAUGUUGAACCGGAUGUAUUUAGGGAAAUGAUGGUAUUUAUUUACACUGGUAAAGCUCCUAACCUGGAGAAAAUGGCCGACAACCUGUUAGCUGCUGCAGACAAAUAUGCUCUGGAAAGAUUAAAGGUAUUAUGUGAGGAGGCUCUCUGUAACAGUUUGUCUGUAGAGAAUGUGGCUGACAUCCUCAUUCUGGCUGACCUGCACAGCGCAGAGCAGCUUAAAGCACAAGCCAUAGACUUCAUUAAUAGAUGCAGUGUUCUUAGACAGCUGGGCUGUAAAGAUGGGAAGAACUGGAAUAGCAAUCAUGCCGCAGACAUAAUGGAGACCGCAGGUUGGAAAGCGAUGAUUCAGUCCCAUCCUCACUUAGUGGCCGAGGCAUUCCGGGCUCUCGCUUCAGCCCAGUGCACCCCUUUUGGUCUGCCUAGGAAACGGCUAAAACAGUCCUGACCUUUGCCCUCACAGACUGCUUAGAACAAAACGCAUGAGGAGGCAACUACCCCACCGAGCCCGAUUUCCCCCUCCUUUUUGCCCCCCUCUUCACUCACCCGUCGCCCUUACCAGAGACCGGAUAGAGGAGCUAGUUCAAACUACAGUGCUCAAAAAGAAAUGGACUUCGCCAUGCCGUUUACUUUGGGCAUAAUUCAAAAAAUGGCCUUAAAGGAUCUGCCCCUUUGCUCCUUGGUGUCUCUACUUGUAAACUUGUGGUCUGACGUUUCAAAAAAAAACAACAACACAAGUAUACACUCACUAAACGCAUACCCACGCACACGCAUCGAGUGCAAAGAUCGUCUCCACUGACACUUUUAAAGUGAUGAUGUUGCUGGCAGAAUGUCACAUUGUAUGUCUAUCAUCAUUAAAAUUGGCGUAAGUAUUAACUGAGGUUGCUGUAGAAUAAUUGGUGAAAUGUGAUGAAAUUCACAUUAUGAGUAUUACACGAGAACGGCUAAAGACGUCGAUAUUUUGCACCAACUUAAACUAAUGGUAAAUAUGAAGAUUUGUUUACCAUGUUGUUUACAGAACUUGUUUUCCCCUUUUUCGCACAGUUAGUUUUGACUUUAGUUGAAGUUAUUUUCCAUGGUUUAACAUACUCUAUGGAUCAGGAGAGUUCUUUGUGUUUGAAAAAAAAAUGUAUUGUGGUUCAAAAGAAGUUUG